AUGAACUGUGGACUUUCAACUAAGUCAACUCGAUUAUUGGCAUACGAGUUUGCUGUAAAAAAUAAUAAGAUUUGCCCUUCAUCAUGGAUCAAGAAUAAAAUUGCAGGGAUUGAUUGGUUGCAAGUACAAAAGCCAGUAAAAGUGUUAGCAGGUAAAGGAAGUAAACAAGUAGGAAGAAUCACAUCUGCAGAACGAGGAACAUUAGUAACUGUAUGUUGUGCUUCAAAUGCAAUUGGAAACUCUAUUCCUCCACUAUUAGUUUUUCCUAGGGUCAAAUUUCAUGAUUACAUGAUAAAGGAAGGUCCUCCUGGAUGUGUGGGAUUUGCAAAUCCUUCUGGUUGGAUAAAUUCAGACAUUUUUAUAGAAUGGAUAAAACAUUUUGUGAGGUAUUCAAACUGUUCUCAUGAAUCUCCAGUUUUGUUACUUCUGGACAGCCAUAAAAGUCAUAUUUCUGUUAGAGCUUUAGAUCUUGCAAUUCAACAUGGAAUUACAAUGCUAAAUUUUCCUCCCCAUUGUACCCAUAAAUUGCAACCAUUGGAUAGAACUGUUUUUGGACCAUUGAAAAGGUUUUACAAUGCUGCAUGUGAUAAUUGGGUGGUCACAAAUCCAAGACCUAUGACCAUUUAUGAUAUUGUUUCAAUAGUUCGCGAACCAUAA